AUGCCUUCAAUUCAUCCAGAAAAAUUCAGUUCCAACAGGAAGUACGAAGUCUACACUAAUACAUACCCUAUUGCUCCCGGUCUUGUCUUAGUCGGAUGGUACAUCAAAAUGACAACCCUGAAAAGUAGUCUGCUCAACAUACAAAACUCGGAGGACGCCACUGCAAUUGAGGCCACUCAAGAACUAGUCCUAAAACGCGGUGGACAACACAUUCGUAUCGGUAAACAUGGCAUAUUGUUGAUGUCGGGAAUACUGUACGACUAUCAGAGAAUGAAAUCACCUACCGAUGAAGACUUUGGAAGUGAAACACGCUCGAAGGACCGGCGCGUGUUGACAAAGAAGGUUGGUAUUGUUAGGGGAUGUCAAAUUACUGAUUUUAGAGAGACCUUUGAGCGUCUUCAGAUAUCAGAGGAGAUGAAGAAAGACCAUACAAAAUACAUCAACCUUGUCGCUCGAAAUCUUAUUCAGACAGGCUGUUUGGAAUGGCCUCGAUAUUUGGCUGCCUGCAAGCGACCUUCUGUCUUCGACAGAAAGACGAUAGAAACAGAGCGUGCAAUUUCCCCAAAGCCUUCGCGGAGACCUCACAGUUAUGACUGCUGCAAAGAAUACAACGAAAUACCUCCCAUACAACAGGACAAGGUUCCUUCAGCAGCUCCCAAGUCACAGAAGACUACAGCCCAAAUUACCCCUCAAGCUCCGGCUCCAUUAACUCUAGAAAAUCUCAAUGUUGUUUCCGGAGGGCCCAAAACACAAAUCGGUCCGCGUACUGAGAGAAGUAAACGUCCAGGUCCAGACAUCGAACGCAUCCACCACCACGGCGUUCAAACAAUGAGCCCCACAGACGGAAACAGUGAUAUCGAAGCCCCACCUACUAAAAAGCCACAUGCAAGAGGUGCAAGAUCAAUACCGUUCUAUGGUGAAGACGCGGAUCCUGGAACCAAGCCAAGAUUUCCUUCUCCAUGGUGCGAUAUGAAUUUCGCUCACAAGCCAUCGCCAUCAUCCGGUUAUCCUCCGUCAUCGGACUCUAGAUUAGGGCCAUCGGUAGCAUCAUCGACAUCCAAAUCUUCCCAUGCAAGCUCUAGCUCCAAACUAAAAGCUAGAUUUAAUCUAAGUGUAUUCGACCGCGAUAUUCAUGUACUUCAUGGGCCGGGGCGAACACAUGAUAAGUCGGCUUCUGGUGACGGCUAUGAAACGGAGUUUAAUAUCAAAGUAAGGAGACCGAAGAAACAACCCCAACCCGCCCAUACUACUGGCGUGGCGUUUUAG